AUGAAAAAAGCUUCAUCAUCAACGGCCGUUAAAAACAAGAGAUCGGAUUCGCCUUCACAUUCACCACCCACUUCACAACAGCUUCCUCGUGAUGAUUAUGUUUCUCCUGUUGGAAUGGAAAAACGAAAAAGAAAAGAAGAAUUUUCUUCUUCUGCUGCAGAGAAUCGGAAAGACGAUCGGAGUGGAGAACGAAGAAAGAAGAAGAGGAAAAGUUCGAGAGGUGGUAGCACAAAAGAAACGGAGCACGGUUCAAAGUUUUGUGCUUCAAUCCCACUAGAACUGGAUGAUAGUAAACGAUUAGUAAUUUUAAAUGAAAUUUGGUUAAAGCAUGCAGAAGACCGAUAUUGCAAAAUUCCAAUCGUUAAAGAAGCAUUUGAUGAGAUUAAGCGAGAAUACUUGACAAACACUUUGCCAAAACUUAUCGAGAAAUAUAACGGUACCCGUGUGAUACCAAAUCUUGUGAACCAAGCAAAUAGAAGUAAGGAACAAUUUUACGAUAAAACAAUAUCACAAUUGGAGAAAGAGUUGCAAUUUUGGGAUAGCAUUGCAUCAGCAUUAGAGAAAGAUUCUGACAUGACGAGUAAAAUUUCAGAUAUUAAAAUGGAAUCCUUCCAACCUAACGUUGAGCAAAAAACCUCAGAAAUGCUGUCAAUGCUAACCAAGUUACUGAACGGCUGUAUUGAAUCAACAGUCGUUCUUAAUGAUCAUCUCAACAUGUUUAUUGAAGCAAUAUUGCAGGCAAAGAGGGAUGCCACUAAUCUCCAACAAAAAGUUUUCCACAAGAUGAAAGAACAACGAAAGCCAGGAUCGAGUGACUCAAAAGCAACAACGAAUGACGCUUUGGUGUCUACUAUAUUAAAUAAGGGUAAGAACACUAGGACAGAAAAGAAAGAUCAAGCCAAUGCACUAGAUCCAAAAACAAUUAUUGGUGAAAAGGACUUUAAAUAG